AUGCAAUCGUCCGUGUCAUUGUCGUCAGCAACAGCCGCAGCUCCAUUCGGUGGGGUCAAAAGGUCGGCGAAAUCUUCGUUUCCGGUGAAAGCUCUCUAUACUCCGACGCCGAGAACCUUCGGCGAUCCUUCGGUCAUGGCGGCUCCGAAAUGGGCUCAGAAGACAAUAACCCUCCCUCCUCAGAAACGUGGUUGUCAUCUUAUAACUCCCAAGAUCUUGAAGGAAAUUGGAGAAGAUUUGUCUGGAUUUAAAUGUGGUCUUGCAAAUCUCUUUUUGCAGCACACGAGUGCAUCAUUGACCAUCAAUGAAAACUACGACUCAGAUGUCAGGGCUGACACGGAAACUUUUCUCAACAGAGUUGUCCCAGAGGGAAGAUCUGCACCCUGGAAACAUACCAUUGAAGGUCCAGAUGAUAUGCCAGCACACAUUAAGUCAUCAAUGUUUGGGUGUGCUCUCACGAUACCAAUUACAGAUGGACAGCUUAACAUGGGAACUUGGCAGGGGAUAUGGCUGUGUGAGCAUCGUGAUGCACCUACUGCACGUAAAGUUGUCAUCACCCUAAAUGGAAUUUAAGCUGCAAGUAUUCAUAAUAUAUUUUGUGUUUAUAAAAAGACUAAAUUACGUUUUUGGUCCCUUAGUAUAAGCAACUAUUGGAAAUAUAGCCGUUUUGCUUGGAACAAUUUUUAAAACAACUUUUUGGGACUAAAAUUGAGAAAGCCAGGACCAAAAAUGUAAUUUACUUUAUUAUUAUUAUUAUUAUUAUUAUUUUGUCUAUGCCUAUCAUACCUUUGUCUUUGAUUGCAGACUUGUGUGAAGAUGCUAGCAACAUGGAAUAUAAUAAUGUAUGUAAUAUAAUGGCAAAGGGGC